AUGUAUACAGAAGAAAUUAAAAGUACCAAAAGUAUUUAUUUUCUUAGUUGCUCUUUUUGGAAAUACAUUUGUAGGAAAGACUCAUUUAUUUACUAAGUCAUUAAAUAGAAUAUAAUUUUAGACUUGAUUGGGAAAGGUUGCCGAAGGUGAUCCAUUCAAAUAUAGGAGUAGAAUUUGGAAAAAAGAAUGUUAAUUCUAAAAUAACUAAAUAAUCAAUUUAAAGUUUUGGGAUACUUACUGUAGGAUAAGAAAGAUACAAAUAAAUAAGUUUGAAGUAUUCUUAUUUAUUAUAGCAAUUAGUCAUAUUAAAAAAGGAUAAGGGAUUUAUUUAGUUUAUGGUUAUUACAUGAAAGGAGACCUUUAAUAAUUUAAAAUUUUAGAUAAAUGAUGUAAGAUAAUGAACAUUCCUAAUUUUUGUUAUAAAGUUUAUUGGUAAUAAAUUUGAAAAGGUGGCUAAUGAUGAUAAACUAAAAGAUGUCUCAAUAGAAUAAGCAUAAAAAUUUGCUGAAAUUCAUAAAUUGA